CAGCGGCAAAAAAUAGCCCUAAAUUGUAAAAAAUUUGCCCUGUGAAUCGGACUGCUGGCAACGCUGACCCAACGGCCAACACUGGUAUAAUAAUAAUAAUGCUUGCGUACAUGGUUGAAUUUGCUGAUUGUUGCUGAUUGUUGCUGAAUGCUCAUAUUUAUUAUUUCUUAUACAUAGGGAUAGGAUUAUAGUUAAAAUUUGUCAACUAAAAAAUUUAUCAGCAUGCCUGAAUACCGCACUCAAAACCAGUACUCAACAAGCGUUGGAUUAGUUUACAUAUUCAAUUUGAUUGUUGGAACUGGAGCACUCACUUUACCAGCUGUUUUUGCACGUUCAGGAUGGCUUCUUGGAAUUUUUGUUAUUACUAUACUUGCGUUAAUCAGCUUUAUAACAGCGACUUUUGUAAUCGAGGCAAUGGCAUCGGCGAAUGCAAUAACACAUUGGAAUAAAAUCCAGGAUCAAAAGCGAAAUUCUGCUGAUCAUGAACCAUCAAAUUCUGACUCGGAAGACACACCGUUGGUAUCUCAGUUGUUACAGAAUCGCCGGCGUUCUGGAAGGGGCAGCCCAGAUUUUGCUAGCAGUCGUUACUACGUUAUUGAUGAAAAAAUGGAAAUGGGAGAAAUGGCCACAAUAUUUUUUGAUAAAUUGGGUACGAGUCUAUUUUACAUAUGUCUUAUUGUAUAUUUGUAUGGCGAUCUCAGUAUUUAUGCAACUGCAAUCGGAAAAUCGAUGGCAGAUGUCGCGUGUACUCAUCAGCCUGUAAAUAUAAGUUGCAACGAGACAAUACCAGACUCUGCAGUCUGCUGGGAGGGUUUAUAUUACAAUCGCAUGGAUGCUUACAGAAUGUUUCUUACGGCGUUUAUCACAAUUCUUGGUCCUUUUGUGUUUUUCAAUGUCCAAAAAACAAAAUAUUUACAAUUAAUAACAUCUGGAAUGAGAUGGAUUGCAUUUAGUUUUAUGAUCCUUUAUGCAUUGAGAAUAUUAAUUGUUUCGGGACCUCGAAAUUCACCACCUGCUGUUGCUUUAGUUGGAAUACCUGGACUUUUUGGAGUAUGCGUCUAUUCAUUUAUGUGUCAUCACUCAUUACCUGCACUAGUUGCACCAAUCACUAACAAAAUGAAUAUCAAUCGAUCUUUGUCUUUUGACUAUAUUCUUAUCGCAUUAUUCUACCUUCUCUUAGCCCUUACUGGUACAUUCGCUUUUCAACAUCUAGACGAUUUAUACACACUUGACUUUAGUCCACGUGGAAAUGGUUUCUGUUCAAAAACUGAUAAUACGUUACUCUUAAUCAGCGAAUAUUAUUUAGCUGUUUUUCCAGUUUUUACACUCUCAACAAGUUUUCCGGUAAUUGCUAUAACCCUUAAAAACAAUUUACAAUCAUUAUUUCUUGGCAGUGACAAUUCCACUUACAAUUACUUUAUUCGUGAAAUAUUAUUCCCAAUACUUGCGAUUUUUCCACCAUAUGCAAUUGCAAUGACCACAAAAAAUCUUAAAGUUUUGGUUGGGUUGACAGGAUCGUUUGCCGGUGUUGGUAUUCAAUAUUUAUUGCCUACGUUUUUAGUUUAUUAUGCGAGAAAAAAAACAAAUUCAGUUAUUGGUCUUGGGGUUAGGAACAAGUUCAUGAGUCCGUUCGCUGGACAACACUGGCUUAGUUUUGUGGUUAUUUGGGCUUGUGCUUGUAUGAUUCUUGUUUCUUUCCAUCUCUAUGAACAGUGGAUUUACUCAAAAUAUACAUGAAAAACAAAUAUGAGACCACCUAAAAACACUUCAUCAUAGAAAAAAGAUAUUAUCUGAGUUAUUGGAGCAGAAAGUUUGAAGUUAGGUCCUGUAAAAAUUUUAACAGAAAUUCAUCUUCGUACCUGAAAAUUUUUCUUGUUUGUGCAUCAGUUAAGGUUGAUUCUGGAAAUCUGAAAUCGCAACAGAUUUUUUUUUUUUUUUAUCUUAUGUUUAAAUGAAAUAAUUAUCUACAUUGUCAAUUUUUUUCAAUUUUUUUUUGUGUGGUUUUUUUGAGAUAUUUACUGUCGAAGUUGACAACUUUAACACGCAAGGUAUAGGCGGUACAUCAUAUUUUUAUUAAUAACUUUUUCAAAACGCAACAGAAAACGUUAAAUUUCUAUCAGGUUGUAGUGCUAGAAAAGAUAAAUUUUUGAUAUAAAUUUUUAGUAUUUCGUCUGUUGCGUUUUAAAAAUAAAUAACUUUAAAAUUCAAAAAUUUCGCGAGAAGCGCAGCACGCAG